UCACGAGCUGUCAAGCUGACAGCUCGUGAGGAGAGGAGAGCCAGGCACUGAUGAUCAGUGUGCCCUGAUGAUCAGUGUAGCCCCAGCAAUACCACCUGUCAGUGUCCAUCAAUGCCAGCUGUCAGUGCUCAUCAAUGCCACCUGCCAGUGCCACAUCAAUGCCACCUGUCCAGUGCCACAUCAAUGCCACCUGCAGUGCCACAUCAAUGCCACCUGCCAGUGCCACAUCAAUGCCACCUGUCAGUGCCCAUCUGAGCUGCCUUUCAGUGUCAUCUAUGCA